AUGGAAGCUUUAGCUGAGCACGAUUUCAACGCAACAGCUGAAGACGAGCUUAGUUUUCGAAAAAAUCAAAUUUUGAAGGUUUUAAAUAAGGAUGAAGAUCCCCACUGGUACAAAGCAGAAUUGGAUGGACAUGAAGGUUUCAUUCCCAGUAAUUACAUUAAGAUGAACGAGCAUGACUGGUCUGUUCUUUCGCGAUCGUUUGAUUUUAUUUUUCUUCUUUGUUACAAAAUGAUGUGUCAUGAUGGUGUUAAAACGUAUCUUGGCAAAAUUAGUCGCGCAGAUGCAGAAUCGUUGUUACUAAGAUCUGGAAAUUGUGAUGGUGCAUUUCUCGUCCGUCAAUCUGAAAGCUCUCCUGGCGAUUUCAGCAUUUCGGUGAGAUUUCAAGAUUCAGUACAGCAUUUCAAAGUGCUGCGCGACAAUAAUGGUAAAUAUUACCUAUGGGUCGUAAAAUUCAAUUCUAUCAAUGAGCUGAUCGCUUAUCACCGGUCAGCAUCUGUAUCUCGUUCUCAUACAAUUUUACUUCAAAAUAUGAAUAGCUUAGCUGCUCAAGGUACCCAUUUGGUGCAAGCUAUGUUUGAUUUCAAACUACAAGAAGAGGGAGAGCUAGGUUUUAAACGAGGUGAUAUUAUUACUGUCACAAACCGAGAAGACGAUAAUUGGUGGGAAGGCACGCUAAAUGGAAAGUCAGGCAUGUUUCCUGCAACUUAUGUUUGUCCAUUCAAUAAUUCAGCACAGUAA